GUCUGGUAUAAACUUCUGGUUCCGGCAGAAGAAGAAAGAAGUGGAGAGAAAUGGCAAGUGUUGGCAACAGUUGCUUUGGCUCAGUCUUCGUAGCUCCGCUUGAAAACGAUGUGUUUUUUAAGAAGAUUAAGAAAUCUCCAUGCAAUUUUUUAAUGGGAUUCAAUAAUUCUUCCAAAUCCAACAAAAUUUAUUGUGGAUUGCCAGAAAACCCCACGAGCAGCAGACCCUCCAUUUCAAAGAACACGGUGGAGGAAUACAACGCUGCAAUGAAGAAGAUGAUGAGGAACCCCUAUGAGUACCACCAUGAUCUGGGCAUGAACUACACACUGAUAACUGAUGACUUGAUAGUCGGCUCGCAGCCUCAGAAACCGGAAGAUAUAGACCACCUGAAGGAAGAAGAGAAUGUGGCAUACAUUUUAAACUUGCAGCAGGACACGGAUGUUGAAUAUUGGGGAGUUGACUUGCAGUCGAUAAUAAAAAGGUGUAAAGAACUUGGAAUCCGGCACAUGAGGAGACCCGCAAAGGAUUUCGAUCCAGAUUCCUUGCGAAAUGGUCUACCUAAAGCAGUUUCAUCACUCGAAUGGGCCAUCUCUGAGGGAAAAGGAAAAGUGUAUGUGCAUUGCACUGCUGGAUUGGGAAGGGCCCCGGCUGUUGCAAUUGCCUACAUGUACUGGUUCCUUGGAAUGAAUCUGAAUGCAGCAUACGAUGAGCUAACUUCCAAGAGACCUUGCGGGCCAAAUAAGAGGGCAAUACGCGGAGCUACCUAUGAUCUGACCAAAACUGACCCAUGGAAGGAACCCUUUGAGAGUCUUCCUGAAUAUGCUUUUGAGAAUUUAGCAGACUGGGAAAGGAACUUGAUUAGAGACCGCGUCUAUUCUCUCCGUGGAACUUGAUCUCUUUGGUUCCCAUGCCAUUAAAAGCUCAACAUCGUUGAUCAAGGCAAUGCAGCAGAGAGUUGGUACUGGGGAUAGAUGGCGGAUUAAUUUCUGGGCAAUGCUCGACGCUGGACGCCUAUCAAGCAUACUCGUCAUUUUUUUCAAUCUACCCUGUGCGAUCAUAUAUUAUUUAGCUUAGUGUAUAAGAUUAAACAAAAUAAUGAGGCCACAGAAGUAUGUGGCAUCGAAAUGAUACAUUGGUGAUUGCGGUAUUUGAGCCGUUUAAUUGCGAGUCUGAUAAUUUAUGAAUCUGCAACAAGUUUAAUAAAAAUGCAGUUCUUUUCAUAUU